GUAGUUAUUACGUUUUUCAUUAGCAAUGGAUUGUUGGAAAAUAUGGCAGCAAGUUUCGUCUAUGCAAACAUCACCAAUCAAAACUAUGAGCGCCAGCAGUAUCAGUUCGAUGCGAUAUUUAUCCAUAAAUCCGCAAAUGUGCAUGUUAAGGUGCAAGAACCACCGUUGGGUUACAUCACUGGGCAGCUUAUUCAAACAGAUGCUUCAGAUGGCAUUUUUGGGAUACCAUUUGGGAUGGACUGCAGCAGUGCUCAAGAAGCUGUGGUCAAAUUCGGCAUUCAAAUUAGUACAGCAUGCCGGAUCAGGUGUUUAAUUAAUUAUCACCUCGAUUAA